AUGGCUCUGCCCUUUCCCCAGAACCCCGAGCUGGUGGCCCGGCUGGAGCGGAUAAAGGCCAAACUGGCCAAUGAGGAGUACCGGCGUAUGACCCGCAACAUCACCGGCCAGCAGAUGAAUGGGACAUUGGCUGAAUUUGGGAGGCAAGUUCGCUCUGUUAAAGCUGUUGUCAUCACCAUAUUCAACUUCAUUGUCACCGUGGUGGCCGCUUUCGCCUGCACAUACCUGGGCAGCCAGUACGUCUUUGCAGAGACCGCGGCGCGUGUCCUGUCAGCAGUAAUUGUGGCCUCAGUUGUCGGCUUGGCUGAGCUGUAUGUAAUGGUGCGGACCCUUGAAGGGGACCUCGGGAAACUAUAA